AUGGCCAUGGGCCUCGUGCUCAUCACAUUGGGCUUGCCGGCCUUUCUGUUAGUCGGCUCGCUGGACCUCCUGGGAAACCUUUACGAAGCUUGCGGAGGCGACCGGAAAGACUGGACUCUCUUCGUCGUUGGGGCGGACAAGCCGGACGAUGUUCCAGAGCAGUGUAACCGGGAAGCUGCCGGAAAGAUGGAGGCCGUACGUGGCAAGGGCCCCUGGCCGAACUUCGUCUACCAUCUUCGGAACAACCAUCCCGUCUUCGGCGUCUUCUGUUGCGAGCACGGACAUCCCUUCAGUCCUGUUGAGAGAAUGGGCUUGCUGGUGCUGCUUCUUAGCUUCGCUUACUUCAUGGCCGGAUUGAAGGUGAAGUUUGUUGACUAUACGAAGCACGCGCACUGGCAUGACGAAUUGGACUGGCUGUGGAUCGACUGCUACUCAUUAGUAUGCAUAACCCUGCCCAGCAUGGUCCUGCAGACCAUGCUGAAAUUUUUUGCAUUGCUGAACUACAAGUAUGUGCUGAACAAGUACAGCUACUUUGCAAAGAUGCGAGACCAGCGCUGCCGUUCCUUUGCAAGGCAGUUCUGUGUUGACCGCGGUCUUGGCAUCGAGCGACCCCGAACCCGUCGGCAGCAAGGUACUGGCUUCGGGGAUUGUGACUGCCUCGAGAAGUGCUGCACGCUCUUUUGCAAGCUCUCCGACGCUUGCAAGGCUUGCAACAACUCCUGCGAAGAUGGAAAAGCGCAAGCUGUCAACUCACUUUUCGCCAGCCUCUUCGCUGGGCUGGCCUUUGCUGGGUCCUGUGUCUUCGUCGUCCUUGGGAUCUGGCUCGACAUGGACGCCUCGGAAGAUGUUUGGCAAUCUGUCAGCAUCGGCGCAGGGCAGCGGUUUCGACUGCUCGGGCAGGAGGUGCCUCCACACCCUGAGCUUUGGCUGGAGAUGCGCCAGUUUUUCCGGCUGCUGGACCGGAACAACGAUGGGCUCAUCAGCGGCUCGGUCCCAUGUUGGUGCCGUUUUAUGCGCCACCUGCAGGGCUUGGCGUUUUUGGGGGUUUGGGGCAGAAGUUUCGGAGGUCGGGCUAGUCAUCUCCUGCCAAGAAUGAACGGCAGAAAUCUGUUUGCAAGUAUGAUUCAGUAUCGAAUCCUCGUCAUGACCACCCUGGCCACCGUGACCACCAUCACCACCACCACCGUCAACUCCCAUCACUAUAAUCACUAUUAUCACAGUCGUCGUCAUCCUCAUCAUCACCACUCCAACGUCCAGGCUUGA